AUGGCAGAAGCAGAGACCAGUGGAAGAAUGAUUGACAGGACACCCCACAGCAGUGAUCCCCCUCCAGAUAAAGCUGAGCGCUCGAGUGAAACACCCAGUAUGGAGACCCUGGAGGAAGUUCUGCAUGGUGGACAGCUUUCCUGUAAUCAUGUGGACGAAGUGUGGCCUAACCUGUUUUUAGGGGACAUGUACAUGUCCCAUGACCGGUACAGUUUGUGGGCUCUGGGGGUCACACAUGUGCUGAAUGCAGCUCAUGGGAAAAUGUGCUGCAAGGGCACUGAUGACUUCUAUGGCACCACUGUCAGCUAUUAUGGAGUGCCUGCCAACGACCUGCCGACCUUCGACCUUUCACCUUUCUUCUAUCCAGCUGCACAGUUCAUUCACCAGGCCCUAAGCAAGCCCAAUGCCAAGGUGUUUGUGCACUGCGCAGUGGGCGUAAGCCGGUCGGCUGCGCUGGUUCUGGCGUACCUCAUGAUACACCAUAACUACACACUGCUUAACGCCAUCCUGCGGGUGAAGGAGAACCGAUGGAUCUUCCCCAAUCGCGGCUUCCUCAGACAGCUUCAGUCGUUGGAUGAACGCCUGUGGAGAGAUAGGACUGAAAUUCGCGACCGUUAUGAAACAACGCGCACCGGAGCGGCAGAGGACCCCCAUGCAAUGACCAGUGUCCGCCUAUCGCCCUGCAGGAUAGGGUGA